UCUGAUUUCCAGGCUGAGUUUUAGUGAUGGUAUAUUCCUGAAUAUGAGAAGAAGGAUUGCAACAUAACACACCAGGUAACAUAAACAUAGACACCGCAAAUGGACCCUGACCAUCGCUCUAGGAAUAACUGCAUAACUGUGGGAAGGCAUCCAGUCCCUUCACAGCAUUGCUCAACAACAGAGAAGGUUGGGCAGUGAAACCAUCAUCUGGAAAUCGGUUGGUCAGAGAAGCUUUGAAAUUAUCAGAUCUGAAACUGGUCAGUGGUGUGGAGCCUUCCAUCAGAACCAACCUUUCUGAAGGUUCGGCUGUGGGUGAUCAGUCAGGGUGAGACUGGAAAAAAGUGUGAGUGGCUCCAAGUGUGGCGAGAGCUUCAGUCAUUCAUUGAUCCUCAAGAAUUACUGGGUGCUUCUUCCAGGUGAGAGGCUGUUCAAGUGUGAGGUUUGUGAUGAGGUUUCCAGCAGCUCAUAAGAUCUCCUAACACCCAAGGUACAUCUGCUGAACAGACUGAUGGAAGAGAAAUUUUUCAAGUGUGAGGUGUGUGACCAAGAUUUCAUGCGGCUAUCGAUGCUCAUGCAACACCGAAGUAUCCACAGCUUGGGGAAGCCCUUCAUAUGUGAGGUGUGCAACAAAUCGUUCUCACAGUCAUCACACCUCCGCACACAUCGAUACAUUCAUACAGGGGAAAAACCAUUCAGGUGUGAAGUUUGUGAUAAAGCUUUUACAACAUCUACAACCCUCCUGACUCACCAACGUCUUCACACAGGAGAGAAACCCUUCAGCUGUGAGGUGUGUGACAAAUCGUUCUCACAGUCCUCACAACUCCGCACGCAUCGAUAUGUUCAUACAGGGGAGAAACCUUUCAAAUGUGAAGUUUGUGAUAAAGCUUUUGCCACGUCUACGAUCCUCCUGACUCACCAACGCAUUCACACAGGAGAGAAACCUUUCAAAUGUGAGGCGUGUGACAAAUCAUUUUUACACUCAUCUCAACUUUGUGUACACCAACGUGUUCACACCGGGGAGAAACCGUUCACAUGCAAGUUUUGUGACAAAUCAUUCUCACGCUUAUCAAACUUCAGCCUCCACCAACGUAUUCACACGGGGGAGAAGCCAUUCACGUGUGAGUUGUGUGACAAAUCAUUCUCGCGUUCUUCACACCUCCGCUUGCACCAACGCUUUCACACUGGGGAGAAACCAUUCACAUGUGAGUUCUGUGACAAAUCAUUCACACAGUCUUCUAACCUCCGUACACACCAACGCAUUCACACUGGGGAGAAACCGUUCACGUGCGAGUUCUGUGACAAAUCAUUCUCGCAUUCAUCGCACCUCCGCCUCCACCAACGCAUUCACACGGGGGAAAAACCAUUCACUUGUGAAGUGUGCAACAAAUCGUUCUCACGCUCAUCGCGUCUCCUCAAUCACCAACGCAUACACACAGGGGACAAACCAUUCACAUGCACGUUGUGUGAUAAGUCAUUUUCACGAUCAUCAACCCUCCUCACCCACCAACGCAUUCACACAGGAGAGAAACCAUACACAUGCAAAGAAUGCGACAAAUCAUUCUCAGACUCAUCGACCCUCCGCGUGCAUCGACGCAUUCACACUGGGGAGAAACCGUACACAUGCAAAAUGUGCGACAAAUCAUUCUCACAGUCAUCUAAACUCAGGAGACACCAGCGUUUGCACACAGGGGAGAGACCAUUCAGAUGUGAGGUUUGUGAGAAGACUUUCACCGACUCUUGUACUUUCCUGAGACACCAGCGGAUUCAUGAAGGGGAAAAUCCCUUCAAAUGAGAGAUAUGUAACAAAGUGUUCAAUGGUCAUUGAGGUUUAUCAGUUGAUCCGCACUGGACAGAAAGUCUUCAAGUCUGAGGUUUUGACAAAGCUUUUGUGACAUCUUUGAGAUUCCUGAUACAGCACGUGAUUCACAUAGGGAGAAUAGUAUUUUAGGUAUGUGACAAAUCCUUCUCACAUUUAACAAACCUGUAUGCACGUCAACAUUUCUACGCAGGAGAGGAGCAAAUUGUCUGAAUUGUGAGAUGUAUCAAUUGUGCAAUGAAUAAAUCUAUAAACACUCUAACAUGUUCAUACAAGAUAAGUGAAAGAAACUAGAUAGUGUGAGUUGUAAGACAAAGGCUUGACAGAUUUAAGAAGCCUGUUCCACCACCAGGCAAUCCAUAGGAGAGAGACCCUUCAAAGUGAGGUUUGGAAUAAAGCUUUUGAGAUGUCUAUAUGCCUCCUGAUAAACUAGAAGAUUCACACAGGGCAGAAACCCUUCAGAUUCGACAUGAGUGACAAAACCUUCAGACAGCCUUGGUGCUUUGCAAAUACCAAAUCAUUCCUGUGUAAUGCAUGCACCAAAUCCUUCUGAAUGCCGUCUUAGCUCCUGCUCCAUCAGAGGAUCCAUAAAUAGGAGAUAGCUUUCAACUGCAAGAUUUGCAACUACAUUUUUGGGAGCUCGAACAGAUACAAUGGGUUUGAUGGUCUCCUUCUGUACUGUAAAAUUCUAUGAUUCAUUAGAUACCAGAAAUUUCACUCAGGAGGAGAAACCCUUCAAAUGCAAUGUUUGUGAAAAACUUAAAUCCAAGCUCCCAUCUCCUGAAGCAUCAGAGAAUCCACACUGAUGAAAAAUCCGUCAUGAGUGAAAUGUGUGAAAGGCAUUCACACAUCAGUGUGUCUCCUGGUUGAUUACAUGAUUACUUUAUGCCUGUCUUCAUUGAGGAAGAUAUUAAAAAUCUCCCAGCAUUAGAGAUGGAAGAGUCAAGGAAAAAUGUGGAAUUGAAUGAAAUUACAAUUUGCAAGAAGUUUUUGUUGGAAAAAUUAAUGACAUUUGAUAAGUUACCAGGACCUAUUAGUCUACAUCGCAGAAUAUUUAGAAAUGUAGCUUUUAAGAAGAAAGAUGUCAAACUUAUGCAAAUAUUAACAUUGCUGAAAAAGAUACUGUAUGGAAGCUUUUCUUCUUGCACUUAUCAGGACAAUUCUGAAGAAUGUCGGGUCAAGGGGAAAACAAAAAUUGAUACUGCAUGAGAGGAGAGUGCUUAUUGUUUGGCAAGUGCAUUCAGCUGGGCGGAGAUGUUCCCUGGAGAGUGCACUGAUUAAUGCUGGUUGACAAUUAACUGCCAGGUUUUACUUUAAUAUCAAAACAAAUUGAUUCUGAUUGGUCAGGUUAGUCCCAUGAGAAAUGAACCAUCAAAUGGAUACCAGCUAUUUUGUUGAGUUGAAACACUUUGUGUACAUAUUAAUAUCAUGUUUGAAUGCUAAAUUUUACAAAGAGGCAGAGAUGAAUGUGGGUCAUUUCUACCAAGGUUUUCUUUUAAAUAAAAUUAAGUUUAGUGUCCUUGCUCAGAACCCAUAUGGCUAUAGUGUUUUAAUGGAAAAUUGUUAAUACUGUGGUGGUUUAUGGUAAGUUGGUAAACACUGAAGGUCAUUUGUUUAUGGCAGAUAGGUGAACAUUUAAGAUUAACUUAUUGUCAGUUCAGAAAAAUUGAGAUGUGGAGGUGCCGGUGUUGGACUGGGGUGGACAAAGUCAGAAGUCACAUGACACCAUGCUAUAGUCCAACAGGUUUAUUUAAAAUCACAAACUUUCGGAGUGCUGCUCCUUCAUCAGUGAAGUCAUGGAUUGAUUUUAGUUUACAAUACCAGCGAUUGAAAGUUUUACUUUGUGACAGUCGGAGGAGACGUGACUGUUUUUUUUUGGGGGGGGGGGGGGGGGGAGGGGGUGCCGGUGGCAUGGUCAGAAGCAAUUGUACUUUCUCUCAUUUAAAGGAGUUUAGUACAAUUCAGGAAAAAUACAGUCACCUCAGCACAACAGUGUUGUUUGUGCACCUUCCAAGCCAGAGAAUUUGGUUAUAAAUCUGCAAGUUAUUAGAAACUGUGAAAGUUCAAGCUCUCAGUUCUCUGAGUAUUCAUAUAAGAAGAUUCAACAGUCCACAGGAAGGAAGCCGGGGAGAAUUACUUAAGUAGACCUGAAAGGUUAUAUAUAGAAGUGUGAUUGCCCUGGACUUGAAUUGAUGGUGUUGGAAAUUAGGUUGUAGAGCUGUACAGCAUGGAAACAGACCCUUCGGUCCAACUCGUCCAUGCCGACCAGAUAUCCUAAAUUAAUCUACUCCCACUUUCCAGCAUUUGGCCCAUAUCCCUCUAAACGCUUCCUAUUCAUGAACCCGUUGAGAUGUGUUUUAAAUGUUCUCCUUCCUCUGGCAGCUCAUUCCAUACACGCACUAUCCUCUGUGUGAAAAAGUUGCCCCGUAGGUCCCUUUUAAAACUUUGCCCUCUCACUUUAAACCUAUGACCUCUAGUUUUGGACUCCCCCAUCCUGGAGAAAAGACCGGGGUUAUUCACCCUAUCCGUGCCCCUCGUGAUCUUAUAAACCUCUGUAAGGUCACCCCUUAGCCUCUGACACUCCUGGGAAAAUAGCCCCAGCCUAUCCCUGGAGCUCAAACCCUCCAACCCUAGCAACAUCUUUGUAAAUCUGUUCAUAGAAUCAUAGAGUCUCUACAGUGUGGAAACAGGCCCUUUGGCCCAACAAGUCCACACUGACCACUGGAGCAUCCCACCCAGACCCAUCCCCCUAAUCUACACAUCCCUGAACACUACAGGCAGUUUAGCAUGGCCAAUCCACCUAGCCUGCACAUCUUUGGAUUGUGGAAGGAAACCAGAGCACCUGGAGAAAACCCACGCAGACAUGGGGAUAAUGUGCAAACUCCACACAGAUAGUUGCCCAAGGGUGGAAUUGAACCCGGGUCCCUGGCACUGUGAGGCUGCAGUGCUAACCACUGAGCCACCGUGCCACCCUUUUUCUGAACUCUUUCAAGUGUCACAAUAUCCUUCCUAUAGCAAGGAUACCAGACCUGAAUGCAGUAUUCCAAAAGUGGCCUACAAAUUUUGUACAGCCACAACAUGACUUCCCAACUCCUAUUCUCAGGGCACUAACCAAUAAAGGCAAACAUAUCAAAUGCCUUCUUCACUAUCCUGUCUACCUGGGAUUCCACAUUCAAGGGAACUAUGAACCUGCACUCCGAGAUCUCUUUGUUCAGUAACACUCCCCAGGACCUUACCAUUAAGUGUCCUGCCCUGAUUUGCCUUUCCAAAAUGCAGCACCUCACAUUUAUCUAAAUUAAACUCCUUCUGCCACUUGUAACCCCAUUGGUCCAUCUGAUCAAGGUCCCGUUGUACUCUGAGGUAACCUCCUUCACUGUCCAUUACACCACCAAUUUUGGUGUCAUCUGCAAACUAAUUAACCAUACCUCCUAUGUUCCAAAUCAUUUAUAUAAAUGACAAAAAGCAGUGUACCCAGCACAUUGCUGAUAACAGGCCUCCAGUCUGAAAAGCAACCUUCCAACACCAAACUUUGUCUUCUACCUUUUGUAAAUUUUGUUUUGCUUUGCAUUUAAUUUUUUUUCUAAGUUAUCUUCUACAUAUAGCUUGGUUUGUUUAGUUUUGUUCUGAUCUUAUGUGUAAUAAUCUUUUGUUUUGUUCAAUAAACUCUGCAGUCUCAUGUGA